UUUGCGGCACGAUGGCAGAGUCCAAGUCGGAAGGGAUCCCAUACAUUGGGUCCCGCAUUAGCUUGAUCUCCAAGACAGAUAUCCGCUAUGAAGGCCUCCUCUUCAACAUUGACACGCGCCAGAGCAUGGUCGCGCUCCAGAACGUGCGCUCCUUUGGCACGGAAGGGCGCCGGCCCGACCACAUCCCGCCGUCCGAUACGGUCCUGCAGUAUGCUACGUUCAAGGCGUCCGAGAUCAAGGAUCUCCAUGUGUGCGAGGCAGCGGCCCCGCCGCCGCCGCCGCCCAUGAUGCCGCCCCACGCCAUGCCGCCUGCCAUGCACUACCAGCCGCCGCCGCCGCCCCUUCCGCGACAGCCCGAAGUGGCGCAGCCCACGGCUGCCCGCCCGACGUCGCCUACGAACGCCUAUGCAGCUCCGGCCACUUCCUCGACCCUCCUUACCCCGGGUGCCAUGUCGACGGCCCACUCGGUCGCGGCCCAACAGGUCCAGCAGCAACAGCAGCACGCGCCCUCCCCGCGACAGCCCGAACGCCAGGACCAAGGUGCUCAGAACGGCGGCAACCGCACGAUCCCUGGUAUGGGUGGGCAUCUCUUGAAGCGCAAGGAGCGCCGCGUUGGCGCGGACACGGGCAUGACGGACAGCGAGAUUGCGGCCGAGUUUGACUUUGCCGUCGGUCUCACGGAUUUCAACAAGGAAGACGAGUACAGCAAGAUGAGCAUGACGAACGCGGAGGCUGUGCGCCCCGUCAUCAAGGGCUCGUACCAAAAAUCCUCGUUCUUCGACACGAUCUCGUGCGACGCGCUCGACCGACUGGAGGGCGUCAACGGCCGCCUCCGCGCCCACGAAGAGCGCAAGCUCAACACGGAGACGUUUGGCGCCGUCGGCCUCAACAACCGCCGGGGCUACCGCGGCAACCGCAACAACGGCAAUGGCAACGGCGGCGGCAACCGGAACCGGAACGGGGGCAACGGCUACCCCACGGACCCGCGCAACUACGGUACCAGCAACGGCAACGGCAACGGUGGUGGCAACACCAACGGUAACGGCAACGGUAACGGCAACGGUAACGGCAACGGUAACCGUAACCGUAACCGCAACAACGGUGGCACUGGCGGCAACGGCCGGGGACAGGGCCGCAACCAGAACAACGGCGGCCGUCAGCCCAUGUACCAGCCCCGCGACCAGCAAGCAUGAAGGACGCGCAUAGAAGCAACACCGCGCAUACCAGAAGCGAUACCUAUGACUAAUACAACGUGUUGCUCUGGCUCGCAAACGACACAGUUGGUUCUGC